AUGUCUCUCCCCAGCUACGAACAGACAUUCCAUGCCCUCUCACACACCCGCAUGGACUGGCAAGGAGAAAGUGGCCUCACACACUGGAUCCCUCCAGUUCCCAGCAUCUUCUGCCCCAACCCCUUCCCCAGUCCCCUCCCCCACCCUCUUGACGGUGAAGGUCUCCAAGGCCAAAUCGCCUUCCUCCCACGUCAAGAACAAAUCCCCCAUACCUCCAUCAUCCACCCACAACUCAAUAAAGGUGCGUACUCCCACCCCUGCGUCAUCCUCGCUACUUCCCCUUGCACUUCCUACGUCUUCUGCGCCCCCAUCACAUCAUUCAACGGACAAGCUUUGCAAGAAAAAAUGGCCCGUGCCACCGACAAAUCCGCCCUUUGGCAAUACCUCCAGAUCCAACACUUUGGUGCUCAAAGAGACCCACCGAAUGAGUUAGGUGAACUCCAACUCGUCGGCGAGCAGAUGGCUAAACCUUCUUAUGUGAAUCUGAAGAAUGGCUUUUGGAUUGAAUGGAGGUAUCUGGGUAAGUUCAAUCCCAGGGCCAAUGGUCGUAUUGCUCUGGCACCAGAGUCGUAUCUGACUGCUACUUGGGCUUAUGCCGUUGCCGAGCAGCAUAGACAGCUCAUCACCGCUUCUAUUGCUUGCCCGGUUGCAUGCACUCCAGCACGACCAGCUACCCCUCCGCUGUCUGUCGAAGAAUCCCUUCAGCAGAUUCCCUACAUGGGCACAACCUACUACCCAAUUCCGGCAGCCUAUCCUCCUUCGCCUCCUCUAGAGGGUCUAAAUGCUGCGGCUCCGGAGUUCAGUAUGCCUACAUGUACUGGGCUAGACCCGACUGCUGCGAACUUCACCUUUGAGUUCGUCCAGCCUGAAGUCCUCGUUCCCAUCUACGCUCCAGUCCCUGUCCAAAUGCCAUGGAUGGAUGUCAACGCCUGGUCUUACUCCCAGCCUCCUGUAAUGGCCAUGUGA